UUCACAUUUGGCAAUACAUACACCGACCUAAAUAUGAAAUUGUUCGUUGUUGCUGCCUUGAUUGCUGUGGCGUCGGCUGGUCGCCUGGAGCACCUCGAGCGCUCCUACUUGCCUCCUGACAGCAACAACGUUCAUGGCAGCUUCGGUGCCAACGGAGGCUCACAAAAUGCUUUCAACACUGGCAGCAACGGUUUUGCCAGACACGGUUCUGGAAGCAAUGGAUUCGGUAGUGGUCAUGGCUCUAACAACAAUGGAUUUGCCAAAGGUCAUACUUCUGGCAGUACCAGCUUCGGUGUAAAUGGCCAUGGUUCUUCUAACUUUGGUUCUAACGGUGUUGGUUCCAAUGGAUUCAGCACUAGUGGCCAUAGUUCCAGUGGAGUUGGUGCUAACGGCCAUGGCUCCAGUGGAUUUGGUACUUCUCAAGGAUCAAAUGGAUUCGGGGCUAAUGGAUCAGCUGGUAAAAAUAGCGCUUUUAUUGGUGCCACAUCUAAUCAGUACCUUCCCCCAGACCAUGGACCAUCUGGAGCUGGAUCCAACGGUUUCAAUGGAAUCGGAACUUCUUCAAACAAACCAUCGGGCCACUUUGCCAGCCAACAAUACAGCCAAGGCUCCGAUUUCUCCAGCCAUAGCACCGGCUUUGGUUCAAACUCUGGUUCGUCUCAUGGAUCUACAAAUGGAGGAUUCAGAUCUACAUUUGGGUCUCAAGGAUCCAACGUUGGCUCUCAGCCACAGUUCGGUGCUGCCAGCCGUCAGUACUUGGCUCCCAAGACUACAUCUUUCCAGAACAUUCCUCAGCAACCUUUUGAUGAACAAACUGGCUACCACUACUGA